AUGCUGAACCUUGUUGCGUUAUUUCUACUGUUAUUUGUUUCCAGUGCAACAGCUGCCUCACUACCAUGUAACGCAUAUUAUGUCCGAUGGCCUCGAGUGCGGCUAAACUUCAAAUCAGUCGCCAAUGCUCGCCUAUCACUACGAGCAUGUGAAAGUGCAUGUUCGUUGGGAGAGGAUCCACAGUUACCAGGACGAUCUUUGGAAUGUGCAGCAUUGAAUCACCAUCCAGCACCAGAUGGCUUCGCACAUCAAUGUGACGUCUUCCAGCCACAUCAGCUUCAAAAUGUGGAUGGUUAUGUGGAAGCGGAUGACCGGUAUUCGUUCUUCUGGAAGUAUUGUCUCAAUUCAUCGCGCCGAUGUGGUGGCGAGUACGCCUUCACUUACCUUUCUGAUCGUUACAUGGACUCGCGUGAUGUGAUUCGAGUAACCAAGAAGAACAGUUUGGAGGAAUGCCUUGUCGAAUGCUUAGAUGAGAGAUCAAUUCCAUGCCGUUCGAUCUCAUUUAAUCGUACUGACGGUGGGUGUCAUGUAUCGGGAGAUAGUCAACUCACAAAGCCGAAAGCGAUUCGAUUGAACAACAACCCGAAUUUCCGCAUUGACUACUACGAAAAUAAUUGCUAUAAUCUUUCAGACACUUUCAAGUUCGAUCAAGAAUGCCGCGAAGAUGGAAUUUUCGUGAAAGUGAAAAGCAAAUUUCCUUACACUGGCGCUCUUUAUGGUUUAUACGACUUCUUCACCUGCCGCAUAGAACCGAAGGAGAUGACCGAGUUUGGACUGCUGUUUCCUUCUCCAACUGCUUCAAAGAACUGCAGUGAUAGCAUAAGAUUCCAGGGAGACGAGAUGGUUUUGGAUGUGGUGCUUUCCACUGAUGGAAUUGAACCGUUGUACUUUAUUACUCCUGACGAUUUAACGUAUCAGGCUAAGUGUCCUAUAGUUGGUAAAACGAACAAAGCAGUCGCUAACACACUUGAGGAAGGAAAACAGGAGAAAUUCACUACUGAGUUCGCACCCACAAAUUCCAAUGCACCGGCUCGAACAACUCCAUUGAAAACGCCGACAAGCAACGCAAAACUUUUCAGACAAACAUAUCCGCUUCCACUGAUCACCGCAGAAGAAACACAAACACCUGCCAUCACCGACAUACCCUUCAAGCAAGUUGUUCAACAAGUCAUUAGAGCCCAUCUAGCCAAAUCAACCUGGUCUGAUGAGAAUCUUCUAAGCGGUGACGAUGAACUUUUAGAUGAAAAAAAGGAAGAGUUUCUUGCGCAGAUAGAUCCACCAGCGGAAUCUAUAAGAACAAAAUUUCAAGCACCAAUUGUCGAGCUGUUUGCUAAGUUAACAACAGAUGGUGACGCACGUGAUAUUAACGAGAGCAUAACACCAUCAUAUAACCAAAUAAUAACGAGCAACAUUAUUAAUGUUACAAACCCUUCAGACAAAAUCAAUGAGCUUUUCACUGGCAAUGCUAAACUAUCUACAUGUGUCAGCAAGGCGAACUGCGAUGAUCACACCAUUACCACAGAACCGGGACCCGUUCGUGUAACGGUGAGAGCACAACAGAUUGGAUCAACAGAGAUCAACACUACAUCUAAGAUCGACGAAAUUUCUAUUGUUGAGAGCUCUGGAAGUCAGAUUGAGGAGGGAAGUGGAACGGCUGAAAUCACUGUAACGACCGUUGUUCCCGACAAUGAAGAAAAUAUAAGAGAUUUUGGAAUUGCUUCAACUAUUGAACUCUUCGAUGACGAUGUUAAAGAUAUGCAGUUACACAUGGCUCCCAAGGAAGAGAGGACGACCUUUGACGUCCAAGCAACGACGAAAAUUCCUGUAAUAAUUCUUGAUGGUACGGGUUCACAAGAAACACUAAUAAAUCUACAUUCUGAUGCAACGAGCGCUGCAAUUAUACUUCCAUCGACGACUGUCAUAAUGACGUCAGCAACCUCAGGAACUUCAUUCAUCACUAAACACUUCGACAGCUCGGAAUCUACUACCCUUCCUAGUCGUACUGAAAUCUUAUCUUCUACAAUAAAUACGAUGGGAGUAACAGCAACUGAGGGUACUUCAUUCAUCACUAAACACUUCGACAGCUCGGAAUCUACUACCCUUCCUAGUCGUACUGAAAUCUUAUCUUCUACAAUAAAUACGAUGGGAGUAACAGCAACUGAGGGUACUUCAAAUCCACAUGUUACCGUGCGUGAACAAGAAUUUAGAGGAUUUGUUUCGGGACCACAAUCACUGCAGAGGUUAAUGAUAAAGAAGGAAAACAUCUCUUCAGAGCUGAGGGCAAAAAAUCAUUCCCAUAGAUCCGUAAUAAAGAAAUCGCAUUUGGAAUUUGCGAGUGUGCAACAGAAUAAACUGGUAGCUGUUGAACCUGCAAAGGAAACUAUUAACAGGGAUGUUACACUGUCGAAUGCCGCGGUGACGCAGAAUCCUACAGAAACAAAAGCAGCAAUAAGAAAGACCAAAGUUCUCCUAAGUUUGUCGAAUAAAAAGUCAAGUGUGGCACCUUCAGCGACGUUAGGUGCUAAAACAGCUGCUAGUACAAGAAUGGAAUCGAAUAGAAGAGUAAAUCACCAAUCGACAAACACUUCAAAAACACCGAAACCUAGCUUGGUCAAAGAAAAACAAGGCGAUGAGGCAAAAAAGAAUAGUGGUGAUGGAAAAUUAAAGUCAGUCUCAAGGCAGUCUAUUCCUCCCAUGAUUCCACGUAAUAGUUCUCCACCAGUUAUGACUAAGGUUGUGAAGACUGUUGUUCGGUUGCACAAGAAGAAACAUGGAACACAUCCUCGAGGCAUCUCCCUUCCACAACAGGGAUCUGGAAGACAAACAAGACGGGCAUUGAAAGGUAGCAACCAAAUGAAUAAAGGGAGCUUAUUUGUGAAGAAGACCUCCAACAGAAGGUUUACAAAACCAAAGAGAAAUCCAAGAUCAAAGAAAUCUGACUUCUUUCUCAGACGACAAUCACUCGUGAUUCCAAUCAAAAUGACAACACCAACAUCGGCUGAGCAUCUCGAAGUUGCACUUAGAGCUACAAAGAUGCCCACAAUUCCAAAAACAUCUAAUCGAAGCAAAUCGUCAGCGACAUUCCUAAAAGAAAAUGAACAGAGCAAAAGAGCAAUUGAAGGCGUUAAAAUAGCAAAAAUACAGCAGAGAGAAGCAGUCCCAGUGCCACACAAUGAUUUCUUCGGGAAACCAAAGCUAAUGGUAAAGGAUGGCGUAGUGCAACGAGUUGGGACGAAAGAUCAGGAUCCUUUGGAUGAGCUCGUUCCUCUAUUGGAAAGCAGUCAUUUAUCACAGAGAAUGAUCACCCUCCUAAAACUUCUUGCUGCGUCCAUGGAAAAUGCGAAGAAGCAGCAUUUAGUGCAGAGAAGAGAGCGUAAAAGACAACAUAUUCAAAGAAAACAACGUAGGCGCAGUAGUAUAGCACAGAUUCGACGCCAUGUGAGAGGUAAGUUUCGGCGAGAAAUGCGAAUUCCGCUUAGACCGGAACAAAUUGUCUCACCGAAGACUGAAACAGUGUUGAAGCAACAAUUGAAAGCAUUUUCAACGAAGCUGUCAUCAUCACUUCAGCGGAAUAAAGAUUCUCGAAAAAAAACUAUAUUGAGGAGAACAACACAGAAACAAUCAAUAAGUUCAACACUACAAUUACCUAUCGUGGAAAACUCUACAUUGAUGAAAGAGAACAAUUCUCCACAAACGCAACUUGCCUUGUUCCAAAGACAACCGCUAUCAACAACAGCAACUUCAGUUACAACAUUCACAAAACACCACAAACAUAUAAAUCUGGCAAAAGGGCAAACCUCUGGGAAACAAAGCAAACCUCGUAGAGCACUUCGAGCACCCAGCACCGUCACAUCACCGCACUCUUUUCGCACCCACAGACCGAAGACGACAACCACAACGAGGUCUACUGCUGCCCCAUCCACAACGACAAUCAAACUAACAACGAGCACUACACUGAGACCUAGUAGCACCACUACGACCACAGAACCGACCACAGCCACCAAGAAAACAUCCACAAGGGGAUGGACAACCACUCAAAGAUCGACAACGACUCCAACAACGACUUCUACAACCACCGCUAAGGCGCCUCUGAAUCGAUCUCCCGUUUUGCACACGGCUGGCCCACCAGCACCUACAAAGCCAACCGAACCUACCAAGCCAGUUAAAGGGUCUGUAUCGUUUGAUAUCUUCCACAAUGGUCAACCAGUUGAGGCGGUAGUAGUUGGAACGAAAAUCACACUUUCAUUUGCUCCGCUUUAUGCUAUACCACCCGAAUACAUGUCCGUACAAGAGUGUCAAGUAGAACCUAUUGAUUCUAAGUACGAGUGGGAACGCGAACCGUUGCCGAUAAUUCGAGAAGGGUGUCAGGCGGAUCUCGUUGGGUUGGUGUGCCCACCAAAGCAGUCCGAAUUUGGAGUGAAGGUCUCCGUCGAAGCCUUCCGCUACCAGAGUACUCCUCAUGUGCAAUACUCAUGUCUCGUGCGGAUAUGUCCUUUCGCUCCAUGUCCACCGGCUAGCUGCGCACCCGUCGAUGGUUGUCCGCGAGACAAACGUGCUGCCCGCAGUCUAAGUCUGGAAGAGAUCCGACGUGCUUUGGAAGCCGAUCCCAAACUCGCCAGCCAGAUAGGAAUUUCUCCACAUGUGCUGGCCAACAGGCCUGGACAUAGCGUUGAAAGUCAGCUUCUUGCAUUGGGAGGUGAUCACACCGUCAAACGCCGACUCGUAGUUGUGAACUCGGAAGAUCAACUGAGGUACUAUGUCCGCACCGGCGACGUCCCAUAA